UGCAAAUAUUCUUACCAUUCUUGCAAAGUCGUAACAUUUAUGUAAAAUGUAUUAUAAAUUGAGAAUAUUGUGGAUUUACCAAAGUUCGUGAGCAUCAGAGUCGUGGAAUUGUCAAGUACGUAUGUAGCGACUUCGUAGUCGUGGUUUGGACAAUCAUCGAAAAUUGGUAACGAACAAAAAGUGAUAAAACCACAGUACUACCUAUGACGAAUGUAUCAAAAACAAUAGAUCGAAAACUGUACUACAUGAAUCUAUGACGAAUGUAUAAAAAACAAAGACUAUUCCUAGAUCGAAAACUACUACAAGAAUCUAUGCCGAAUGUAUCAAAAAAAAAAAACUAUUUCCAGAUCCAAACAACUUUAAAAAGAGGCUCCCUAUUUCCCUUACUUGUUCUCACAGAGCACAGAUAAGUCAUUUUGAUAUUCGACAAUUUCAACACAAAUGCACUGAAUGUAGUAACCCGAUAGUUAAAUUCAGUUUACCCCAGUGGUGUUGUCUAGCUAUUCAUAUUUAUUUGAUAGGAGAUUCCUGCACUACUACUUGACGACAAAAGCCGUUAAAGAUGAACUGUUAAGUGCUGUCUACGUCUAGAACAUUUAGUUCAAGAUCGAGACGUUCGAUCGAGUAUACACAGCAGACACAACAAACAUUAAAACGAAAAUAGGAGAUAGGGUGAAUUUUCUGGGAAUUUGGAACAUAGUAAUGGUUUACUAACCUUUCUGCGUCAUAGCUUGUGCAGUUGUCUGUGCUGCUUUUAUCAAUUAAGGGGUGCACGUAAUCACUAAAGACUUCGAUUCUCAGCCACUAAGUGAUUUACAAUGUAUAAAUUAUUUUGACAUUGGAGAAAACGAUCUGGUGUAAGUUUGAAUUGUUUUGUCUUGGGAAGAAAAUUGUAUUUGUACAUGUCAUUUGCGCCGACGCGAAUUUACGCUCUACAUCGACGUAUCGCUAAAUUAAGGGUCACGAAAUACAUCUAUACGGAUGGUACAGUGUCGUUUGAACGUUGACUCUUUGGAUAAUUUUAAGAAUAUACAAAAUUGAUGAAAAUUGAGCUGUCUUGAAUUUUAGUGAUUUAACAGCAUGUGUUUGUAAGAUUUGGUAUAUUUUAAUUUAGAAAAGGAUUAAUUUAGUGUAACCCCCCCCCCCAACCCAUUAGUCCGGAUUUGGUUUUUAUCUUUACAAUAAGCUCACCCAUAAUCGUUCUAGUUUGUCACCUAAGGCUGAAUAAAUGUAAUUGAUUGUUUUGUCAAUGCCUUAGACGUAAACUUUUGAUAGACCUCUUACAACGAUGUACUAUCAUGAUGCAUGUACUGUUUAUAUUUCAUAAUUUUAUAAUGGUAUGUAUCCUGUCUUAAUUACUUAUAACCCCCUACUUCAUAUACAUUUAUUUCACAAGACUUUUAUUUUUGGCAACAAUAAAACUAGUCACUGAUGCAUGGUACAUGGAUUUGAAUUAUAAAUAUGGAAAUGCGGAUAUAGUAUUGGAUGUGUGUCGUUAAAACAAUUAGUAACUGUUUCAUCGUCGGACGGUCGGCGUUAAAUUUGAAAGUCAUGGGUCUUUAAGGAGGUAUGCUACACCAGGGAAAUUUGACAUGGCUGAAAAGUGGGGAAUAUGUAAAACAAUAUUUUGAAAUUGAAAACUUUCAAAUUUACUUUAUUUAGUCAAAAAAUGCAGUUUUAGUAGAAAGCAAUCUGAAAAAAAAAUUCAAUUUUUUUUUACGGAUACGACCUUCAAAAUGGAGGUGUCUUGUUGCAGUAGGUGUUGCAUGUUAAAGAAUCAGACCGGUUCCUGAAAACAGUGAGCAUGAAGCAGGAAUGCACAAUUUCUGGAUUUUAAUUGCUGUUGGUAAUUAAUAGACUACUAGUAUAUAAUGAGAAAUGUGUGUAUAUUACGAUGGAAAGGAUAAAUGGUAUUUUAUUGGUGCGUGUCAACGUUGAGCAAUGAUAUAUUCCUGUAGGCCAUGUUUUUUGUUUUCGUCGCACAUGUGCUUCCGUCUAGUAGCGCAGAAUGAAUGAUCAUUGUCCUUGGAAUAAAAUCGACCACGGCGAGGAUAGCUCUGUAGACCUAUAUAUAAAGAACGGACGUGCAGUUUAAGUCCAUUAUUGAAGGAAAAUAUACACAUACAUGUAAUUAUGUCAGAUAUACAAAGGUGUUGAAACUGCGAAAUAAAAAAAAGUUAAAGUGUGGUGUUAUGGGGAUUCGAACCAUGGCCAAACUGCCAGCGGUGCAACUGACUGAGCUAUUCUAAGCAAAAGUAUUACUAUUGUAAAGGUUCCCCUAAAUAUUUGUCGGUUUUUCGUGAAUUUCGACCCCAAGGCAAGGGUGUCCCUAGACAUACUAUUGUAAAUUGUUCCUAAGAUUGUAACCUAUCAAAAUAUCAAAACAAAUCUUAGGAGCAAGCCAGUCUUGAAGGACUUCAAAGCCAAAAUUCAUGUCAAAAUCGGUGCUUAAAUGGGGAAAAAGCUGUUACGGCCAACUUUGAAGAUUACUUUAAACAUUGUUGACAAUAACUUAUAGGUUCGAAAUGAAAAUAUGAAAAAGUCAUUUAUAUGUACGACAGAAAAUAAUUAAACUUAUUUAACAAUGUGAGUUUUCCCGGAAAAAUUAUUCUCCCCUACAGGUCUUUUCUUUAGUUACCCUGAAUAUUGAUCCUUUGUUAAUUUACUCCGAAUUGAUCCUUUCUUAAUUUUUUGCAUGUUUUAAAAAACUACAAUCAUCACACACAUGUUUACACGACUACCAAAUAAUUUGGGACAAGGAAAGACGCUGCUGCAAUAAAUCAAAAGAUUAUAAACACGAAAACAGACAGGCAACCAUUUAUUUUUAAUCUAAUGAAACUUUCAAUCCUACACUAUUUUCUAAGAGUAAAUAUAUGUAAUUUUCCUCCACUCAACGGUGAUAAGAAAUUAUGCUGACAGAGUUUGUUUUUUUUGAUAUAUCUAUUGAUUUUGUAAUUCAUUUGCAGCACCAUUCUAGGUGCACCAGUCGCCCCCGUCACCGACCGCCAAGGUCAUAUUUAUCGGUGUUAUUUUCCCCCAUAACAAAACCAGACAAACCAAUACAUCUUCAUUGACUAAUCCUGCUGAGGCGUGGAUAGGCGGAACAUUUCAUUAAUGACCUUUAACCUUUCAUUCGUACGUGUGGUAGAAUAAAGGCGCGGUAAUUAUAACGCUAUUUCACUUUGCGAUUUGAGCUGCAGUAUUGUACGCGAACCAUGUGUCCAUCAUUGACAGGCACAUCAUAAUUUACACGACAGAGUGAAAAGUGACAUUUUGUUUUCCAAACUUGACUGUGGAUCCACUGGUACAGGUGUGCUCUGUCAUUUGAAAAUUUACAUUGACUAUCAGUUCGUUUUGGAAAUAGAAAUAUCAAUAGACAAAUUCCUGGUACUCUGUAUUGAGUAAUGAUGUGCUGUUCAAGACUUUGUAAGUUUUUGGUUGUCGUGAUUGUGAGUUGUGUGACAAUGCACCAGUUUGUGACUGGAAGUACCACUGAACUUCCACGGGAUUCGGAUACUACGACUAUGUUCUCUUUUCUAACAAGAGACCAUAUUUCUAGAAUGCACCAAAGAUCACGUGCUUACAGGAGACAGGAGAUCCGGAACAAAGUCCUGGAGUUCUUCGGCUGGACCUCAGUUCCCCAGAUUCGUCCCGGAGAUCGAGCAAGAAUAAACUCAACCCUCGCCAACAUUUCAUCCUUCCGGGUGACCGAGCGCCAGUGCUUCUACGCUUCUUGCGAUCUACCCAACAGAAUAGAUGAAAACAUGUGGAACGAUUCUACCUCCGGAAGUCUUCGACUCAGAUUUGACGUUCUUCCUUCCGAGAGCUCAGCAUCACCAGAAAUAGUCAAUGCAACGCUGAUGCUGCAUUUAAAAGAAAGAGAUUUGCGCAACACGGAGAGGAUAUUAAUCAAAGUGUUGCAGUACCUCAAACCUCUGAGAAGAAGAAACAGAUCACGUGGACAACCAAACAGACGGAAUAGUAUCCGCCAGCGGAUACUGUGGACAUCACUAGUGGACUGGACCCCUGGGGCUUGGGUGUCCAUCCCUGUCCAGCAGGCAGCCAAUGAUUGGAUAGCUCUAAACAAGCGGAACCAUGGAUUUGAAGUCUUGGUUUUUGACGAGUUUGAUAACCCAAUCAAUACAAGUUCCGUAUUCUCUAGUAUAGAUUGCGAUCGACCAGCAGAGGUGGAUUGUAUGGAGAUAACUCAUUCACUACCUUUAUACAGAAGUGCGACACCGGUUCUACAGGUCUAUAAGACAGAAGCACCAUUUAGUGGCCAUAGACGGAAGCGGGAUGUUUAUAAAGAGGCCAUGUCAUUGAGACAACCCGAGAAAUCACGGCAGCGGAUUGCUGGAUUACAUUAAGAAGAAAAUUCAACAAAGGUUCCAGAGAGAAAAGUGAGGACACUACUCAUUACGAUUCGUGAUAAUGAUAAAGAGAAGAUAAUGCGAAGGUCAAGGACGAAUCUUUAUCAUGUAUCGAUAAAAAUAUCAAAAGAGCUUUUAAAUUAUUGAGAUGGCAGUUUCUUUGAUGUCUGCUAAAGUCUUUAUUGUCAAUAUAUAGGAUUAUAGAAGAUAACAUCCAAUACAUAUUAGGUUCUACAAGGAACCGUUUUUGAGGCAGCUAAAUUACAUUCAUGCCUAUGAUAUUGAUAUAUAUAUAUAUAUAUAGUUACAUUAAAUUGAUUAGCCCAAACGCAAA